AUGCCGUCACCACUUCAGUCUUGUCGUCAACAGCAGUACUAUGUUGCCAGAGAUGACCGUAUCCCUUUGGUGGCUGAGAAAGCUUCUAACCAAACUGUGGCGAAUCUCCCUCCCGUCAACCAAUUGUUGCAGCAAUCAGCCAAUGGUAAUUAUCGUUUGCCACCUCCGCUGAAACGAGCUGUGACUUUUCCGAGGGGCUCUUAUCCUACGACAACUAACCCUUGUGGCUUGUUCUCUGAAUCUGAGCAGGACCCAACAAACGACCCACCGGCUGCCUCUCACUCUGGACUGUAUAAAAAGUCGCACAGUUUAACAUCAGUGGACACGCUGGCCGUGAGACAAGCACUACUACGCUUUGAUGCAUCACAAAAGAAACGGAAAUUCCAGAUUUACCCCAUGCACAAUUCUUCUGACAGGGAAGACCUGGGAAAACUGGACAUGGAAACUUUCAAGCAUGUCAGACUGGAACCACUCACAUGUCAAAAGUGCCUGGUCUCCAGUGCCUUCGAGCCCAUGGAUGCGUCACUUGAACCGAACAGGCGCUUUGCAUGGCAUGCAAAUGUAUCUUCACUUAGAAGUGAAGCGCCGCCAUCUUUGAAUGGAAAGUUCCAGUUUCAUUAUACCGUGCCUGCGGGCUUGGAGCAUAGUUCAAAAAUUCGUCCCCGCUACACUGAGAGCAUUCACCAAAAUUUGUCUUCAAAGGACUUACCUGACGACGAAAUAAAGCAAGAGUGUGCUGAUAUGUUGCAAUCUCAUUCUGACAAACAAACUACUUCCAAUACGUAUUACUCGCAUAUCAAUCAUAAACCGGCUCGAAACGCCUGUAUGGGAUCGCUCAGCAAUAUAAAAUCACCAUCAACUCAUUGCAAGCAAAUGUCAAAGCCUCGAAAAUCACGCAAUCGCUCAAAAGGGAUGGACAAUAAUGUAUGUCAUGCUUGUCACACGACCUCAACACCGGAGUGGCGUAAAGGCCCAGCUGGCCCCAGGACGCUUUGCAAUGCUUGCGGCCUUUUGUUUGCCAAAUCCUGUCGCCGACGGGAGCUUCAGGUCAGCGUUCGUAACCAGAGGCUUGACGUAUUAGAAACAAAAGAUGCAACUUCAAAAAUUUUCCCAGGAUCUGAUUCUGUGAGAAAGUUAUUGUCAGGUAUCCCUGCCGCCCAAAAUCAGCCGUCUUGA